AUGGAGGCAACAUGUGCUGCAACCAUCCCCGGUGACAAGAUGGCUGAGGCUAUGAAGAAUGAAAGCUUGGAUCUCCUGACCAGCUGCAAAAAGGUGAAAGAAAGUAACACAGUAGAAGAAAAGAUUCCAGUUGGACAAAGGAUGGAUGCAGAAGCAGAGAAAGAGCAGUCUCUGAGAAAGAUGGACUGUGCUGCAUACCCUUUUCUUUUUCUUGCAGUGCUAUUGAUUUGCCUGCCUCAGGGAAUUUUGGGUCAAGCCUUGCAGGAACAGGAUGGUUUGUGCAAUGCUGAGCGAUGCUACUCAGUUCACUUACAGCGUAAGACCUUCCGGGAAUCCUGGAGAAGUUGCAAGGAGAGAGGAGGCAUUCUGGCUGCAGUGAAGCGACCAGAGGAGGCAGCAAUGAUCCAGAAUCUGCUGAAUGCUGGGGAGCGUCACGGUCCUCGUCCCAGACUAAGGCUCUGGAUCGGUCUUCAGAGGCAGCCUCGACAGUGCUCAGCCACACGUCCUCUGAGAGGCUUCACCUGGAUUACAGGAGAUCAAGACACGGAGUACACUAACUGGCAACGUGAGGAAUUACCAGGUGCAUGUGCUGCCCCUCGUUGUGUGGUCAUUACCUACAACACCACAGACAAGAGUAACAGUGACCAGAGCAACUUUAAGUGGUUGGAUGGUUCAUGCAUGGUUGCAGUGGAUGGUUUCUUGUGUCAGUACACAUACCAAGGGAUGUGUCCUGCUCUGCAGAGUGAAGGAAAGGGACCUGCACGCUACACCACCCCUUUCAACCUGCAUAGUACCCUGCUCACUCAUAUCCCAUAUGGAUCUGUGGCCACCCUACCUUGUCCAGACGUCGCCAAGGGAGAUCAGUCUGUGCUCUGUAUGCUACAUGAGGACGGAAGUGUCGGAUGGUCCAAAGAUGCACCUCUUUGCUCUGAUCCGCCGAAGAACUGGUGCGUGAAGGACAAUGGAGGUUGUGAGCACUUCUGUGUGAAUGCAGAUUCUUACUAUUACUGUGAGUGCUCAGAGGAUUUCAAAUUAGGGGUGGACGGGCAAAGCUGUCAGCCCUUGGAUCCAUGUCACGAUGCUGACUGUGAGUUUGAUUGCGAGCCCAGUCCCGGGGGAUUCCGCUGCAAAUGUCCAGAGGGGUACCUUCUCUCACAAGAUGGUCUAAAUUGCAUCGAUAUUGAUGAGUGCUUACAAAAUCCUUGCCCGCAAGUUUGUGUCAAUGCACCAGGAACUUUCGAGUGCCGCUGCCAUGAGGGCUAUCAGCUGUCUGCGUUUGGUGAGUGUUUGGAUGUGGAUGAAUGCCAUGAAGGCAAAUGCGAGCACUCCUGUGAGAACUCCAUAGGAAGCUAUAAAUGUCUCUGUCAUGAUGGAUUCUCCCCUAUACCUGAUGAUCCAGAGCGUUGCGAAGAUAUCAAUGAGUGCCAACUCAAUGACAUUUGUGAACAGAUAUGUGACAAUUAUGAUGGUGGAUUUCAGUGUAGUUGUGAGGCAGGCUAUGUGUUGCAGAAUGAUGAGUAUUCAUGUUUGCCUAUCAGUGAAAUAGCUGAGCAUUACACAACUGUUGAACCAACUCAUCUAACAACAUUUGUUUGGGAUGAACCUGGUACCACACCUGACAUAGUGACUGAUGAGAUUACUGAACCUCCAAGCACGGAGUGGUUCACCACCGGUUUAGACUGGUUUACAGACACAGCACAGGAGAAGUAUGUUACCUCAUCUGGCUGGACAGAGCAAACCCCCGAUUUGCCAACAGCAGAUUGGUUAGAGGAUGCGCCAACAUCAAAUAUACCAGCAAAUUCAAAUGCUAAGGAUGAAAUCAACCGGUGGUUGGAUGAGAGCAGUAUAUCUUCACAAGGUGAAGACCGCUUACCUUCAACUCUUUCACCAAAUAGGAAUGGGGAUGCUGAGAGGUUCACCCCUUUAACACAUCAAAUCCUUAAGGGUACUGUGCCAUCCAUCUCUAGCCAAGAGCAGAAUAUAGGCAGCAAAAAGAAACAUGACAGAAGCUGGUUGUUAGUAGCACUCCUAGUUCCUCUCUGUGUCUUUAUUGUAGUCAUGCUAGCACUGGGUAUUGUCUACUGUACAAGCUGUGCUGUUGAGCCACGUGACAAAAACAUAACAGACUGUUACAGCUGGACCACCAACUCCAAACCUGCUGAAUCAAAAGCUGCAAAAUCACAAGGCUGAACGUUUUGCACAAAAGACAACAUGACUAUUAAAAAUAGCAGCAUCCCAAACAUGUCUGGUUGUGUCUCAUUAUGUCACUGGCAUCGUGUACCAUUUUAAGGAGUCCAGGUUUGGACUGUUUUGAGAAAUCUUUUUGGGGACAAAAGCAUCAGAUAGUGGGUUCCAUACAGAAGUAAAGCAAGAUAUCUCAAUGCAGUCUCGUUUUAGUUGUAUUUUGCUGUACAUUUAGAGUUUCUAAUGAAAUCAGUACUGUGUUUUUCAUACAAAAGCUUGUUUUCAGCUGUGCAUUUUAACAUACCCAUUUUUUUCUUUGUUUCAUAUUAAAAAUGAUUGAUCAUAAUGACCGUGUCCAACAUUUUGCAAUAUGUGUACAUUCAGGAAGGUCAUACUGCCCAGUUAUACACAUCUUCAUACUAGGUGUUUGAUUUUUAUAUUAAUUUUGUAUCAAUUACAAUGAAUUAUAUUUGGUCGGAGAAAAAUUCAGUUUGGUCCAAAUUAUUGUAAAGCAGUGUAUUGCAGAACAUAGUAUAUUGUACAGUUUGCCCUUUGUGAAUUGGCCAUUUGUAAUGUAAACAUGCACUUCAUUUGUAUUUUACUGAAAUGAUUCACUGUUUGCCAAAAAAUUCGCAAUAAAACUGAAUGUGAAGUCUG